CGACAACAGCCACACGAUGACUGAGACCAAGUGUGCACGGCCCGGCGCCGAGGGCCUCGGUCCAGCUGGAAGGGCCCGCGCGACGGCCACGUAGCGGUCGGCGCUGAUGCAGGCCAGAAAGAGGAAGCCGGCGUGGAAGGAGGCCGAGUAGAGGCCAGAGAUGGCACGGCAGGUGGCACUUCCCAGACUCCAGCCUUGCAGAGCCCCGGCUGCGGCAAAGGGCAGGGUCAGGGCCAGCAGAAGGUCGGCCAGGGCCAGUUGGAGCAGGUGGGCGGAGGUGGCCGAGCGGGCAGCACGUCGGGCCGCCAGAUGGGUGGCCAGGACCAGGCCAUUGCCGGCCAGACCCAGUGCAGCCACCGUCAGGGAGACACUGGGUUGGAAGGCGCGACUGAAGGCCUGGACGUCGGCCUUGUAGCAGAGCUCUGGCAACGGCUCAACCGAAUAUGCCUCAUCCUCCCCAGAGUAGGGGCCCCAGGAGACCUGAGGAGGCCAUAAUGAGAAGAGAGACCUUAUGAGACAAGCCUCCACCACACGGCUCCCCCUCCCACACAAGCAUUCCAAGCUAGGAGCUGGUGUGUGACCAGGUACCAAUGGUACAGUACACAGGGAGAAGACAUAAACUCUUUUCCAAACUCUUCCUAGCAUAUCCUCUACAGGCCUUGACUUCCGGCGCACCCCUUCUGUCCCUACAUCCAGCUUCCUGGGUGACCUUGAGCAAAUCAUUUGCUUUUCUGGCUCUCCAGCUGUCUAAUAGGUAAUGUGGAGAUCAGAAAUCCCGACCAGCCCUCCUGAGGGGGUGGUUUGAAACGAGGAUUGUUUGAAAUAAGGAAGAUAAUGAAUGUGAAGCAUUUGUGCUCUCUGAAGGCCCAGCGUCUGCAUUAUUAAUAAAUCUUAAGAGCUUCCGUUCUUUUGCAGCGCCAUCUCCUGGACGAACACCCAUAUUCAGACUUUGCCUCAGACUUGGUCCCUGGAAUCCUUGCUUGGUCUGGAGAAUCGUUUUCUCUCUCUCCUUUCCCUUCUCUCCUCCUCACCCCCACCCCUAAGCUUCCAGUACAAGCUUCGCUGAACUACUCAUGACAUAAAGGUUGGAGUUCAGGUUUUCUGGGCUCAGUUAGGACCUUAGACCUCAAGAUUCAGCUCACCCUUCCUCUCAUCCCCAGUCGUGUCCCCCAACCCCAGCCUCUCAUUACUAGCCCCUUCUAUCUGGAGGGCCGCUGGUCCCAGAGGGUUCCAGACAUCGUAGGUAGGUCAUAGGAAGGCAGAGGCCUGGUGCCAGGUGGGGAAUCCCAUCCAUUCACCUUUACCCUCCCUCCCUGUAACCCUUUCCUCCCCCCUGCCCCCACUCCCACCUGUUCUGCGGGCUCAGUCCCCAUCUCUGGCUACUCAAGUUUCUGAGGUAAAGCCACCGGGGAGAGAAGUUAUAAACUAAUGGGACAGGAAGGAAGGGGCGGGGAGAAGGGUUGAGACGGAGGUGGGGAUGAGGGUCUGUGAGCCCUCUUUACCUAACUUUCCUAUUCUACCUCCUAAAAAAAAUUUCCCUUUACCUUCCCAGUAGAAAAAGAAUGGGUUUUGUAAUAUUAUCACGUGGUAGCUACCUGUGGGAUCUGAAGAAUUUUUUUUUUUUACCUCUCUGAGCCUCAGGUUUUUCAUCUGCAAAAUGGAGUGAGGUAAAAAUGCAGAAUUCACAGGGUAAUGAAGGUGCCUAGCACGCGUGCCUGGAGCAGAAUUUGCUAUCUGAAAAUGUUAGAUUCUUUUUACUUACACUUCUCCCUAUCUCCAAGCACCCUCCCUUUCCAUCUGUCUUCUUGGAUUUUCCAGGAUCCCCCAGCCGGCCCCUGUCUCCCUUCCCCCAUCUCUGCGGCCACAGUCCCUGUAGCCUCGGGUUAUUAAGGGUAUUUCCCGGUGGCGGAGGCUCUCUACCCCCGCCCUUUCGCAGCGGGGCUGAGGCGCGCGCUUGCGCGGGGUCUGGGAAAGCGGCGCGUGCCAGGAGAGCGAGGCUGGGGAAGGGGGGAGGUGAGAGGAGAGAGGGUGGAAGGAGAGGAGAGAACAGCAGAGAAGCAGGAACGGCACCUAGGGAGACAAGAAAGAAGGGCUGGGGGAGAGUGGGAAGAGAGAGGGGUGGGUAAGGGGGAGAGACAGCCAUUCGUUGCAAAAACCCAGGAGGAUAGCCCGAGCUGGAACUGGAGCCCUAGCCGGAGCCGGGCACUGGAAGGCGGCCGCCGAGACCCGUCAGCCCUGCAUGAUGCGUCUCCGGCUUUUCUGCAUCCUACUCGCCGCGGUCUCAGGAGCCCGGGGCUGGGGCUACUACGGCUGCGACGAGGAGCUGGUGGGGCCCCUGUAUGCACGGUCCCUGGGCGCCUCCUCCUACUAUGGGCUCUUCACUGCGCCCCGCUUUGCCCGGCUGCACGGCAUAAGCGGAUGGUCUCCCCGGAUUGGGGACCCAAAUCCCUGGCUCCAGAUCGACCUAAUGAAGAAGCACCGGAUUCGGGCUGUGGCCACGCAGGGCUCCUUUAACUCGUGGGACUGGGUCACACGUUACAUGCUGCUCUACGGCGACCGAGUGGACAGCUGGACACCGUUCUAUCAGCGAGGGCACAACGCGACCUUCUUCGGUAACGUGAACGAGUCGGCGGUGGUUCGCCACGACCUGCACUAUCACUUCACGGCGCGCUACAUCCGCAUCGUGCCCUUGGCUUGGAACCCGCGCGGCAAGAUCGGCCUGAGGCUUGGCCUCUACGGCUGCCCUUACAAGUCCGACGUGCUGUAUUUCGAUGGCGAUGAUGCCAUCUCGUACCGCUUCCCGAGAGGGGUCAGCCGGAGUCUGUGGGACGUGUUCGCCUUCAGCUUCAAAACCGAAGAAAAGGACGGGCUCCUGUUGCACGCCGAGGGCGCCCAGGGCGACUACGUGACACUCGAGCUGCAGGGGGCGCACUUGCUGCUGCACAUGAGCCUGGGCAGCAGCCCCAUACAGCCAAGGCCGGGUCACACGACCGUGAGCGCUGGCGGCGUCCUCAAUGACCAGCACUGGCAUUACGUGCGUGUCGACCGAUUUGGCCGUGAGGCAAAUCUCACCCUGGACGGCUACGUGCAGCGCUUCGUGCUCAAUGGCGACUUCGAGAGACUGAACCUGGACAACGAGAUGUUCAUCGGGGGGCUGGUGGGCGCCGCGCAGAAGAACCUUGCCUAUCGGCAUAAUUUCCGCGGCUGCAUAGAAAACGUCAUCUUCAACCGAGUCAACAUCGCGGACUUGGCCGUGCGGCGCCAUUCCCGGAUCACCUUCGAGGGUAAGGUGGCAUUCCGUUGCCUGGACCCGGUUCCUCAUCCCAUCAAUUUCGGAGGUCCUCACAACUUCGUGCAAGUGCCUGGCUUCCCCCGCCGCGGCCGCCUCGCAGUCUCUUUUCGCUUCCGCACCUGGGAUCUCACUGGGCUGCUGCUUUUCUCCUCCCUGGGGGAUGGGUUGGGCCACGUGGAGCUGAUGCUCAGUGAAGGGCAGGUCAACGUGUCCGUGGUGCAGACCGGCCGAAAGAAGCUUCAGUUUGCCGCUGGGUUCCGCCUGAAUGAUGGCUUUUGGCAUGAGGUGAAUUUUGUGGCCCAGGAAAACCAUGCAGUCAUCAGCAUUGAUGAUGUGGAGGGGGCAGAGGUCAGGGUCUCAUACCCACUGCUGAUCCGUACAGGAACCUCAUACUUCUUUGGAGGUUGUCCCAAGCCAGCCAGUCGAUCGGGCUGCCACUCCAACCAGACGGCGUUCCAUGGCUGCAUGGAGCUGCUCAAGGUGGAUGGUCAACUGGUCAACCUGACUCUGGUGGAGGGCCGGCGGCUUGGAUACUAUGCUGAGGUCCUCUUUGACACAUGUGGCAUCACUGAUAGGUGCAGCCCUAACAUGUGUGAGCAUGACGGUCGCUGCUACCAGUCUUGGGAUGACUUCAUCUGCUACUGUGAACUGACAGGCUACAAGGGGGAGACCUGCCACCAGCCUUUGUAUAAGGAAUCCUGUGAGGCUUACCGACUCAGUGGGAAAACUUCUGGAAACUUCACCAUUGAUCCUGAUGGUAGUGGCCCCCUGAAGCCAUUUGUGGUGUACUGUGAUAUCCGAGAGAACCGGGCAUGGACAGUUGUGCGCCAUGACAGGCUGUGGACGACUCGGGUGACAGGUUCCAGCAUGGAGCGGCCAUUCCUCGGGGCCGUCCAGUAUUGGAAUGCAUCCUGGGAGGAGGUCAGUGCCCUGGCCAAUGCUUCCCAGCACUGUGAGCAGUGGAUCGAGUUCUCCUGCUACAAUUCCCGGCUGCUGAACACAGCAGGAGGCUACCCCUACAGCUUUUGGAUUGGCCGAAACGAGGAGCAGCACUUCUACUGGGGCGGCUCGCAGCCUGGGAUCCAGCGCUGUGCCUGUGGUCUGGACCGGAGCUGCGUGGACCCCGCUCUGCACUGUAACUGUGACGCCGACCAGCCCCAGUGGAGAACCGACAAGGGCCUGCUGACCUUUGUGGACCAUCUGCCUGUCACUCAGGUGGUGGUGGGGGACACGAACCGCUCCAGUUCGGAGGCCCAGUUCUUUCUGAGGCCUCUGCGGUGCUACGGCGACCGAAAUUCCUGGAACACCAUCUCCUUCCACACUGGGGCUGCACUACGCUUUCCCCCAAUCCGGGCCAACCACAGCCUUGAUGUCUCUUUCUACUUCAGGACCUCGGCUCCCUCAGGAGUCUUCCUAGAGAAUAUGGGGGGCCCUUACUGCCAGUGGCGCCGACCUUACGUGCGGGUGGAACUCAACACGUCCCGGGACGUAGUCUUCGCCUUUGACGUGGGGAAUGGGGAUGAGAACCUGACGGUGCACUCAGACGACUUCGAGUUCAACGAUGACGAGUGGCACCUCGUCCGGGCAGAAAUCAACGUGAAGCAGGCCCGGCUCCGUGUGGAUCACCGGCCCUGGGUGCUACGGCCGAUGCCCCUGCAGACCUACAUCUGGCUGGAGUACGACCGGCCCCUGUAUGUUGGAUCUGCAGAGCUUAAGAGGCGGCCUUUCGUGGGUUGCUUGAGGGCUAUGCGUCUGAAUGGAGUGACUCUGAACCUGGAAGGCCGUGCCAAUGCCUCUGAGGGUACCUCACCCAACUGCACAGGCCACUGCGCCCACCCCCGGUUCCCCUGUUUCCAUGGCGGCCGCUGUGUGGAGCGCUACAGCUACUACACCUGUGACUGCGGCCUUACGGCUUUCGAUGGGCCAUACUGCAACCAUGACAUUGGCGGUUUCUUUGAGCCUGGCACCUGGAUGCGCUAUAACCUCCAGUCGGCGCUGCGCUCCGCAGCCCGGGAGUUCUCCCACAUGCUGAGCCGGCCAGUGCCGGGCUAUGAGCCCGGUUACAUCCCUGGCUAUGACACUCCCGGCUACGUGCCCGGCUACCAUGGCCCUGGGUACCGUCUGCCUGAUUACCCGAGGCCAGGCCGGCCAGUGCCAGGCUACCGCGGACCUGUCUACAACGUCACUGGAGAGGAGGUGUCCUUCAGCUUCAGCACCCAGUCUGCCCCCGCCGUCCUGCUCUAUGUCAGCUCCUUUGUGCGUGACUACAUGGCCGUGCUCAUCAAGGAAGAUGGGACCUUGCAGCUGCGCUACCAGCUGGGCACCAGCCCCUAUGUGUACCAGCUCACCACCCGCCCUGUGACGGACGGCCAGCCCCACAGUGUCAACAUCACCCGGGUCUACCGCAACCUCUUCAUCCAGGUGGACUACUUCUCCCUGACGGAACAGAAGUUCUCACUGUUGGUGGACAGCCAGCUAGACUCGCCCAAGGCCUUGUAUUUGGGGCGCGUUAUGGAGACUGGAGUGAUUGACCCAGAGAUCCAGCGCUACAACACACCGGGUUUCUCGGGCUGUCUGUCUGGUGUCCGAUUCAACAACGUGGCUCCUCUCAAGACCCACUUCCGAACGCCUCGACCCAUGACCUCGGAGCUGGCUGAGGCCCUUCGUGUCCAGGGAGAGCUGUCUGAGUCUAACUGCGGAGCCAUGCCACGCCUUGUCUCAGAGGUGCCCCCUGAGCUGGACCCCUGGUAUCUUCCCCCAGACUUCCCGUACUACCAUGAUGACGGAUGGGUUGCUAUACUUUUGGGCUUUUUGGUGGCCUUCUUGCUGCUGGGACUGGUGGGAAUGUUGGUGCUCUUCUAUCUACAGAAUCAUCGCUACAAGGGCUCCUACCACACCAAUGAGCCCAAGGCCACACAUGAUUACCACGCUGGCAGCAAACCUCCCCUGCCUACUUCAGGCCCGGCCCCGGCCCCAGCCCCAGCCUCAGCCCCAACCCCGACACCAGCUUCCACCCAAGUUCCAGCUCCAGCUCCAGCUCCAGCCCCAGCCCCAGCCCCAGCCCCUGGCCCCCGGGACCAAAACCUACCCCAGAUUCUGGAGGAGUCCAGAUCUGAAUGAAUCAGGAGAGGGGCUUCAAGGACCAAGCCCGUCUCCUCCGAAUUCCCCAAUCCCGCCUCCACCCCAUCCUCGCAGGGACAUGUGGCUCCUCUUAGCUGGCUCUGCUCAUCUAGAGGAUUUCCCUCCUGCCAAGUCUGGUGGGCAGAGCUACAGAUGGGACCAAAGGGAGUGGCUGAGCCUCACUGCCUAAAACCAAUGCCCUGCCCAUCCCCAUUUCCCCAGGCUCCUGGUUGUUUGCCUGCCCCAAAGAAGCCUCGGGGUUGGCCCAGGCCUUUCCUGCCAGCCCUGUCCCAGCUACGGCCAGGGAUUAACACCAGAGUGCAGGGGAGAUUAACCACCUCCCUUCAAAUAUUCAAUCUCAGCAGGGACAGAUGUGUGGGAUUGCAGGGGCGCACAGGGCAUGGGGGAGGCUGCUCAGUCAUACCCCCCGGCCUCCCCCCUCCCCUGCAGAACAUCUUCCACCUGCUUCCCCUCAGUUGGGGGUUAGGAGGGCUUCAUUGCUGCCCCCUACCCCCCUUUUCUGUUUUUUACAGAGACCGAGAGGCCUCACUUUAGCACCUUAGUACCUCCGCUGCUUUACACGCUUUAGCCAAAGCCAUAAAAAAACUUGCAAUGUAGAGAGAAUAAUGCAGACACUGACUAGCCAGCCCUCUACUCUUCCUCCCUCCUCCAAGAUAUGCAAUAGCCUUGGUGCCUGUCCAAAGGCUUGGCCCCCCUCUCCAAUGCAUGAGGAGCCCUCUUUCCUCCGCUCAGAGAUGCUGCUUCAUUUGUCUAGGAGGUCAUAUCCUUUAUAUAUAUUUUUUGUUUCAAAGUCUCUCUCUAGAGAAACUAUAUAUAUCACUCUAAUUUUUUUAAAUUAUCAGUUUAUAUAUAAAAGACAAAAUCAAUUGACUGUCCUGUUCUGUGCCCAGUGUGCUUCUCCUGUGUUGAGAAGCCCAGUGUGCUUCUCCUGUGUUGGAAGUCUCAUGAGGUCUGCUGGUCACUCACCCAAGCCUGAUCAGCCUCCACUCUGAAGCUGUGCUCUCAGUCUCGGAGCUGUUCUAAUAAAGCAGAGUGACAGAG